AUGGCUGGAACAGCUGUGAAAAAAUCGACUACAACACCGGCUUCGAAGAGAACUCCGUCGUUCCAGACACCAAAAAGAGGAUCUUCUGCUGUGAAGAAGAAUGGGAAUACGAGUAUAUUGAACUUCUUCAAGAAGGCUGAUGGACCCCCGCAAUCGCAGCUGAAGCAGCCUCGAUUAACUCAGUUUGGGGUUACUAUUUCAAGAUUCGAUGUGGCCGGCAAUGGAAGGAAAAGUGCUUUGGUAAAAGGGGAUUCUGCUGGUGAAGGAUUGUUUGUGGAAGAUAUGAAUCGAUCGUGGAAGAAGUUGGUCGAUAUUAGAGAUGACACACGGACAAAGAAAACCAGUUCCCCGACUGAUGUACCGGAGGCAUCAAGUAUACCUGCAGCAGAGCCCAAAUCUGAGGACACAGAGUCGAAACGCUUUAACGAAAGUUUUAGCUCGGUAAAAAGACGAAAAGUCAAUUCUCUGGUGGUUAAAGGGCCUUUUAUCGACGAAUCAGAUAGCGAGGAUGAAGAGGAAUAUACACCAUUUACAGAUACAGACAAAUCAAACCAUGUGCAAUCAUCCGAAUCGUCUAUCGAACGACCACCUCCUCUGGUAAGAGCAGCCACUAGCAACUUUGAGACAAGUGCGGUGGCCGAUGACUUUGAUGAUAUAGAAGAUGACAUAGAGGGCGAUGAGUUUUUGGGAAAGGCAUGGAUGCAAGAUGAGACCAGUGCUUUUGGGAUAUCGGAAGGCGAUCCCAUGGACGACGGACCGUCGUGUCCUAUAUGUCAGGCCAGCUUGGCUGGGCAGUCACAUGCGGAUGCAUCUUUACAUGUGAAUGCUUGCUUGGAUACGAAUCAGCAACCAUUAUCCCCCAAAAAGGAACGCACACCUAGUGGUCUAACGCGACAGGAAAAGGCGGCUAUAGCUAGACCUGCACAACAAAAUCCAUUCGCGGAAAAGUCUACAGGCAGUACGUCGGCAUUUGCGAAACUCAUGGCGGGCAAUGCCGAAGACUCCGCAUGGGCUACAGCUGCUGCCAAUGAAGUGGCAUCACGAGGUAAACAAGCUUACGAACGGACGUGUCCUUUUUACAAGAUCUUACCAGGGUUCUCAAUCACGGUGGAUGCGUUCCGUUAUGGCUCUGUGGAGGGAUGUCAAGCAUAUUUUCUCAGUCAUUUCCACAGCGAUCAUUAUGGUGGUCUGACUGCUUCAUGGAGUCAUGGACUUAUAUACUGUAGUAAAGUCACAGGCAACCUUGUCCGGCAGCAGCUCAAGGUCGACCCAAAAUAUGUCGUUGACCUCGAAUUUGAGAAAAAGACGGAAGUCCCAAACACUAAAGGGGUUUAUGUUACUAUGUUAUAUGCCAACCAUUGCCCUGGCAGUUCUCUUUUCUUAUUUGAAAAAGUCAUGGAUACCGGCCGUAUACACCGGGUGUUGCAUUGCGGUGACUUUCGAGCUUGUCCAGCUCAUGUCCAGCAUCCUCUACUGAAGCCAGACGUUGUCGACGUGGCAUCAGGUCAGUCACACCAACAGCGGAUUGAUGUGUGCUAUUUGGAUACGACGUACCUCAACCCAAAAUAUGCCUUCCCGAAUCAAGAAGAUGUUAUCACUGCUUGCGCAGAUAUGUGUGUACGGCUGAGCGAUGAGCAGGGUGACCGAAAUGAAGCACUGGAGUUUCACAAACGUGGAAAAAUGGAUGCGAUGGCCAAUUUCCUCUCGACGACAAAGGGCAAGGAUUUUACACCGUCGUCGUUUACAUCCGAUUCGUCACGCGGACGACUUUUAGUCGUUAUUGGAACGUAUAGUAUCGGUAAAGAGCGAAUAUGUCUCGGUAUUGCUCGCGCAUUGAAAUGCAAAAUAUACGCACCGCCUCAAAAACAACGAGUCUGCGCAUGUCUCGAAGACCCAGAACUUUCUUCACUUCUCACCGACAACCCUCUCGAAGCCCAAAUCCACAUGCAAAUUUUAUUCGAAAUCCGCGCGGAAACCUUAUCCGAUUACCUGCAAUCUUUCAAAGGUCAUUUCUCCCGCGUCGUCGGCUUCCGCCCAACAGGAUGGACUUACCGACCUCCUGGUGGCCGUUUGCUGGACAAUCCUCCUGUGGCCAACGUCCUAUAUUCCAGCAAUUGGAAAACGCCCUUCAGCGUCUCUGAUCUUGUACCGCAGCGAGGCAGUACGAAGGAAUCAUCCUGUUUCGGAGUCCCGUAUAGCGAGCAUAGCUCAUUUCGGGAAUUGACGAUGUUUUGCUGUGCCCUUCGAAUAGGACGGAUAAUUCCUACGGUGAAUGUGGGGAGCGCAAAAAGCAGGGAGAAGAUGAAGGCGUGGAUUGAGCGGUGGGAAGCCGAGAAGAGGAAAUCUGGGUUGUUCAAAGUAGAGGGCCCGACCUGGUAG